ACGGCGUCAGAUCCGCUGGCUAGCUUCUCUCUCGGUUUGUGUGUAUGUGUGAGAGAGAGAUGUGCAAUAUUAAUGUGUGGGAGUAGUUUUUCCUGAACUUGCACCAGGUUACUGCUUAAAGUGUGUGGCAUGUAGUCACCAUUGAGUUUGAUCUGCAUGUUUUUUUUGAAAAGGAAACUAACUCUUUGAAACAUUCACCGUUAAUUAUGAAUCGGUUUCUGUUUUAAAGCUACCUCCAGUUUUUUUUAAACAUUUUCUAUUUUAUCGCCUGCUGUACGGUUGAUUCCUGAGACUAUUCACUAACUGCAUUUGUCCAAGCAGCGUUCUCUCCUUACUGCCCCCGCCGCCACUUCUUAUUUUUGCCGUUGGGGUGAGGUUUUUUUUCUUGUACUAACCAUGAGGAAUUUCCGCAGACCGAAGUUCAUGAGUUCACCCAGCCUCAGCGACCUGGGAAAGAGCGAGCAAGCAACGUUGGAUGAGCGGGGGACCCAGCAGCGACGCGCCGGCUCCAACGCCACCUGGAACAGCAUACAGAAUGCUGUAAUUGCUGUAUUCCAGCGGAAGGGUUUACCUGAUAAUGAACUCUAUAGUCUCAACGAAGGAGUUAGACAGUUGUUGAAAACAGAACUUGGAUCAUUUUUCACUGAAUAUCUUCAGAAUCAGCUGCUUACCAAAGGCAUGGUGAUUUUGAGGGACAAAAUUCGGUUUUAUGAAGGACAGAAAUUGCUUGACACAGUGGCUGAAAUUUGGGACUUUUUCUUUUGUGACAUCCUUCCUAUGCUCCAGGCAAUAUUUUGCCCUGUCCAGGGAAAAGAACCCACCGUUCGACAGAUAGCCCUAUUGCAUUUCAGGAAUAUUAUCACACUAAACGUGAAACUAGAAGAUGCUCUGUCACGGCCACGUGCGAGAGUCCCACCUUCACUCAUUCAGAUGCUGCUUAUAUUGCAGGGAGUUCAUGAAUCGAAGGGUGUCACAGGGGAUUAUCUGCGGCUGGAGAUGCUGAUACAGAAGGUGGUGUCUCCAUACUUGGGAACGUAUGGUCUGCACACAGGGAACGAACAAGCUAUAUAUUCAGCAUCUUUUCUGGAGAAACGAUUGUUUCCACGGUGUUCCAAACCAAAUGAAAUUCUGACCAAGAACCCAGUGGUGCGUUCAAAGAGCUACAACAAUCCGAUGUUAACCCCAGUCGCAGAAUACGAAAGUGAAGGAAGUCUGGCGAAUGGCACAAGUAUCAGAAGGCACUCGGUGUCAGAAAUGACAACUUGCAUCGAAUCUGAAGGCUAUUUAAAUCUCAGUCCCUGCGUCACAACCCCCAUUGUAGACCCAAUCUCCAUCAUGACUGCCACAGCAGCACAGAAUCACUUGCCCGGAGAGCAAGAGCCAGGCAGCAUACGAACCAUUAAUGAACUUCUCCAGUGCAAAACGAUGAGCGAACCCAUCAUCAGCCAACAACCAGAUUGUUUCCUCAUUCAGGGUCCACGUGAGGACCAAGUCAAUGCCUUUAAAUUAUCAAGUAAUCCUUCCAUGCUACCUGCAGCAUCAACCAGUCCUGAAAGCACAGGAGACAACACUUUGGAAUCAGUGGGUACAGACUCCGAGGGGAUUUUUCUUGACUUUGGUCAUAGAUGUUCUGAGACACCGACAUACAACAGAGAGUUGAACAGACAAAGUGUGGUGUGACCUUAAGAACAGCAAAAUUAAUACUGCAGUGAUGGAAAGUCCCCACAACUACAGCCAAGCUGUCACUGUUGCACUGCCAGUUCUUAGAUGUUGAAGUAUUUUUAAACUCAUCAAACUGAAGAAGAUGAUUUCUGAUACAUAAGUUGAAUUUGAAGUAUGAAUCAUUAUUAAAACCAGCAAUGUCUACUGUCUACAACUAAUUUAGUUGAGCCUAAGGCAUUGUUGCAAUUAAUGUAUUGAAUGGUCGUACCAACUCCAGCCAAAACCAACAGAACGAGAGACAAAUUCCUAGUUUUCCCAUUUCUCCCCUCUUAGUACUCCAGUAACCUGUAGCUUUGCAGGGCAAGACCCUGGGCAUAUUUUUGCAGUGCACAAACUCAAAUCAGAUUAGGCUAAUCUCAGUUAUUGUUUUUUUUCUGGCUCUGUGUUUUUGCUGCAAUUCCAGUUUAUGGCAGAUUUUCAGAGAAGCAGAGCAGUGGACUUUAAGUGGCAGAAUAUUUUAAUUUCUUUUAUUCUUUCUUGGCAUGAGAGUCUGCUGGCCAGGCCAGCAUUUAUUGCCCAUCCCUAAUUGCCCUUGAGCUGUCGAUUACUUGACCAUUUCGCAAAGGGCAGUUAAGAAUAAACCACAGAACGAAGUCUUCGUUAAAAGAGAGUAUUCAGAGUUCAGUUUGUUAUUCAAAAUAGCAGCUGUGUUGGUAUUUUUCAAUUGAAAUACUUUGUGACCAAAAUGCUUUCACAAUGUCACCUUUCUUUACCCAUUCUAAAUUACGAAGGAUGCCCUCAUGUGCUACAUAUUUCGCAUAGAUUGCAAUGAUUUUUAUAGGCUUAUGAUUUGUAGAUUUUUAAAAAAUCCUUGUCACUUGUACAAUAAUUUUACAUGUAGCCUUUCAUCUGGAUAAGUCUACUAUAUAUAUUGUAACUAUUGAGAAAAAAACGUAGCUGGCUCUGACUUAAAAAAAACUACUGAACGACUCCUAAUGAAGCCUUCCAUCGGGAGAUAUCAGAGCUGAUAACCUUUUGACAACUUUUCCAUUGCUGCCUGGGCUCGGUAUCAUGAUUUGCAUUAUACUGGCAAGUGAGUGGAACCUGUGAAAACCUGUGAAAGAAAGAUAAAAGGGAGUUUAAUUCAAAACAAGCGUUUCAAAGAGAACCAUACAGUCAGUAACAAAAGUGUUCGAAAGUUGUUGGUAAGAGCACUGAUAUUUCCAUUUAGAAGAGAAACCUGGUUCUGUUGAUUUUGUUUGAUGGUUUGCUGAACUUUGUCUCACUCUGAUGCUGUGGUUUGAAGCCCAGAAGACUCCCUGUUUUGAGUGCUGUUGGAUUUUACUUGGGAUACCUCUUGUGGAAUGCACUUUAUAAAUUGAAUGUAACAUGAGUAGGAUUUGAGGAAAAACUAGAUUUGUUUUUUAAAAAUCCCCAAGACAUUUGGGCCAAGAUUGCCUCAGUAGUUAGCACUGCAGCCUCAUGGUGCCAGGGACCCAGGUUCGAUUCCAGCCUCAGUCUGUGUGGAGUUUGCACGUUCUCCCCGUGUCUGCGUGGGUUUCCUCCGGGUGCUCUGAUUUCCUCCCACAGUCCAAAGAUGUACAGGCUAGUUGGAUUGGCCAUGCUGAAUUGCCCGUAGUGUCUAGGGUGGUUCUGGUUGGGAUGCUGUUCGGUGAGUUGGUGUGGACUCCAUGGGCAAAAUGGCCUGCUUCCACACUAAGAAUUCUGUGGAAAUGCUUCAAUUCAGUUUUACCCUGUCCAACCAUCAUAAAAGUAAAGACCAGUAUAUAAAACAUAACUGGAUAAUUUGACCAUCCGAUACAUAAAGCAAUAAGCGAGACCUAAACACAAGUAUAAGUCUGGUGGACCAACCAGUAAUGGUGAAACUAUUACCACACUAAGUUUAUUAAUUCAGUGGCCUUGGGAAGCAGAGCACUUUACCAUCUUAGAUUAUACCUUCAGAAUUAUUUUUCUUCAUUACUUAUCAUUUGUAAAGCUUAUAACCAGGAAUGUCUAGAACAGUGUAUUCACAUUUUAACCAUUUUAUCUCCAGCCCACCUCCCGCUAUGCUGCACUGUUCGAAAAUGUUGACCAUUUUCUGAGUACAAAGCGGCCUUUAGCAUUAAACUCAUUUCGGCCUAUUUCCAAUAUUGUCACCAAUUCCAACACACACACACACACACACACACACACACAAAAUAGAUGGUCAUCAGGAUCGGAAGCUAACAAGUGGCGAACCCAUCUGGACGCUGCUAUGCCCAUCAAGGUCAUUAAACUCCACUGAGAUUGAAGAUCACAUCUGGAGCCCUCCUGGUUUGAGAGGCUGCAUUUGUUGUGCCAUAUGUAGAGUGUGUGAUGGCGUCUUGUUAUUAUUCUUGACCCUGCACCUCAUAGGUGGCUAGACAGAUUUCGCCAAGACUUGAUUCUGUAGCCAGUCACCACUUCAUUUCAUUUCAUUGAAAAUGCAUGCCCUGCCACUUAUCCCAUUCUGUAGAACUAUGUUAGAACAAAUAAACUCAGUAGCGACAAGUCAACAGGUACUGUGUUAAUGAAAAUAUUUGUUUAAAGCAAUCCUUUGCUUAGUUUCAUUAACUCCUACAAUUGAUGCUAUUAAACCCAUUCAGUGUUG